CCGAAUCAAGAUGUUCACUCAACGCACCGCAUUCUUCGUUGCCUUGGCCUGUACUUUCUCGCUUCUGUUGCUUAACGUACAAGGUCUCGCACUUCCAUUGAGCAGUCAGGCGGAAGGAGCCCAUCUCUCAUAUGCCAAGCGAGCCGCCAAUGCCACGAAUAGCGCGCCGGUAACUCCAAAGCAGGAUCUUCCCGGUUCGACAGGUACCCCGGCCCUUGUCCAGCGCGACAUUCCUGCCCCAGUGCUGAAAAUGAUUGAAACGGUUGGCAAACUCGUCAAGCGGGAUUCUCUGGCUGAGCGCGACAUUCCUGCUCCAGUGCUGAAAAUGAUUGAAACGGUUGGCAAACUCGUCAAGCGAGACACUCUGGCUGAGCGCGACAUUCCUCCUCAAGUGAUGAAAGCGAUCGAGACGAUCGGAAAACUUGUCAAGCGAGACACUCUGGCUGAGCGCGACAUUCCUGCUCCAGUGCUGAAAAUGAUUGAAACGGUUGGCAAACUCGUCAAGCGGGAUUCUCUGGCUGAGCGCGACAUUCCUCCUCAAGUGAUGAAAGCGAUCGAGACGAUUGGCAAACUUGUCAAGCGAGACACUCUGGCUGAGCGUGACAUUCCUCCUCAAGUGCUGAAAAUGAUUGAAACGGUUGGCAAACUCGUCAAGCGGGAUUCUCUGGCUGAGCGCGACAUUCCUCCUCAAGUGAUGAAAGCGAUCGAGACGAUUGGCAAACUUGUCAAGCGAGACACUCUGGCUGAGCGUGACAUUCCUGCUCCAGUGCUGAAAAUGAUUGAAACGGUUGGCAAACUGGUAUAG